AUGCAGACCACCGGGACUCUGUUCACUUCUCCAACCCUAAUCUACUGCUGUACCAGGGGUCUGGUCAGGCCCAUAUCUGCAUCUGUCCUGAAUAGGUCAGAGAUCGAUUUUAAACAUCCAACUUCUAGCACUACCCCACUCCAGCUGGCCUGUCAGGAGUUCCAGACCAGUGCUAUAUCCCAGGACAUUGACACAGCUGCCAAGUUCAUUGGGGCUGGGGCCACCAUAGUUGAUGUGGCUGGCUCAGGGGCAGGUAUCGGGAUGGUAUUUGUCAAUUUAAUCAUCAGCUAUGCCAGGAACCCAUCCCUCAAGCAGCAACUCUUUGCCCUGUCUGAAGCUAUGGGGUCUUCUGUUUGGUGGUAG